AUGUCUACAGUCCACUUUAUCAACGGAGGCAAAGAAUACUCAGAAGCAUUCCACAGAUCUUCUAGCAAAGCAUCAUCUCUGAGUACCAUCAAUACUGACCCCCCAUCUCCACAAUUCAAAGUAGACAACAAAAUGAGCAAAUUGUCUACUAAAUUCGAUACUAUCAUCAAAAAUACCACUGAUAUUUCUCUUAUCAGCAAUCCCACCUGCAACAAUAAUGCUGGGAAUUUUUCAACCCCACCACCCACCACCACAUCCAUCACUGAUAAUUACUAUGACGGUGAUGUUUACAUACCCCCGCUCUCGGCACCCAGCAAAACUUCUAAAGAAAUCACAGAAUAUGCGUUUGCCUCAUGA